AUGCCUGUCAGGAGAAGCAACGACAUUAAAAUUGCUCUCACAACUUUCUCUCUCUGCCAGGACCUGGUGAACGGGUUUCAGUGUGUGUGCGCUCCGGGUUUCGGGGGUGAACGUUGUGAGACGGACGUGGACGAGUGCGCCAGCGAACCGUGUCUCAAAGGCGGCCGUUGCCAUGACGAAGUUAACGGCUUCCACUGCCUCUGUCCACCCGGUUCCUCUGGGAGUCGCUGUCAGUUGGAUAUCGAUUACUGCCUCCACAGUCCGUGUCAAAACGGCGGCGAGUGUUUCAACCUGGAGAGCGAGUACGUCUGUGAAUGUCCCGAAGACUUCGAGGGGAAGAACUGCUCGCGGCUGAAGGACCACUGCCGCACCACGCCCUGCAAAGUGAUUGACAGCUGCACGGUUGCCGUGGCGUCCAACAGCACGCCGGGCGGGGUGCGUUUGAUUUCGUCCAACGUGUGCGGGCCCCACGGUCGCUGUCGGAGUCACGCCGGCGGACAGUUCAGCUGCACGUGUGAGGAGGGGUUCACCGGGACGUACUGCCACGAGAAUAUCAAUGACUGUGAGCUGGCCCCCUGUCUGAACGGAGGGACCUGCAUCGAUAAAGUCAGUCAGUAUCUCUGCAUCUGUGCAGACGGCUGGGACGGACCCACCUGCCACAACAAUAUCGACGACUGCAGCUCGGCUCCGUGUCAGAACCGCGGCGUCUGUCGAGAUCUGGUCAACGAUUUCUUCUGCCAGUGUAACAACGGCUGGAAGGGGAAGACCUGUCACUCACGAGUGAGUCAGUGUGACGAGGAGACGUGUAACCACGGAGGAACCUGCUACGAUGAAGGAGACGCCUUCAAGUGUCAGUGUGCUGCCGGCUGGGAGGGCGCGACCUGUAGUAUCGCGAAGAACAGCAGCUGUGUGUCGAGUCCCUGUGAGAACGGAGGAACCUGCGUGGUGGACGGAGACUCGUUCAGCUGCGUCUGCAAGGAAGGCUGGGAGGGCGCCACCUGCAGCCAGAACGCCAACGACUGCAGUCCUCAUCCCUGCUACAACAGUGGGACCUGUGUGGAUGGAGACAACUGGUAUCGAUGUGAAUGUUCCCCGGGUUUCGCCGGUCCAGACUGCAGAAUCAACAUCAAUGAGUGCCAGUCGUCGCCCUGCUCCUUCGGCUCCACAUGUGUGGAUGAAAUCAACGCUUUCCGCUGCAUCUGUCCUCCAGGAAGAACUGGCCCCCGCUGCCAAGAAGCGUCGGGGCGGCCCUGUGUGGUGGGGGGGGCGCAGCUGGCUCUGGACGGCAGCCGGUGGGACGACGACUGCAACAUCUGCAGCUGCCACAACGGGAGGACCACCUGCACCAAGUUUCAGUGCGGCCCUCGCCCCUGCAGUCUCCUCUCUCAGCCUCCAGGCUCUGAGUGUCCGGAGGCUCAGACCUGCGAGGCGCUGCAGGAAGAGCGCUGCUUCGUGAAGCCGUGCCCGGGGCAGGGGGAGUGCUGGAGCCCCGCCCACCAGGCCCCGCCCACUGACAGCUGUCACUCAGAGAGCGGCUGCGCCAACCUCACCUUCGCCUUCAACAAGGACGUCAUGGCAACGGGUGUGACGGUGGAGCAGGUUUGUCAUGAGCUCAGGAGCCUCUACGUCGAGAAGAACCUGUCCUCCUCCUCCUCCUCUUCCUCUUCCUCUUCCUCUUCCGUCUCCAUGACCUGCGAGCCGUCGCUCAGCACCAACAACGAAAUCCACGUUGCCAUCUCGACGGAGGACCAGAGGAGAGGUCUGACCUUCGUCAAGGAAAUCACAGACAGGAUCAUGGACCUGGUGAGCAAGGGGAGCGCCAACAGCAGCAUCAUCAGCGCCAUCGCAGAGGUCCGGGUCCAGAGGCGGCAGAACCACAACCCCAACGCAGACCACAUCGUGCCUCUUCUGAUAUCCGCGGUGGUCUUCAUCUGGGUGCUGGCCGUCACCUCCAUGUUGCUGUGGUGUGUGAAGAGGCGGAGGAAACAGAGCGCUCACACCGUGGUCAACACACAGGCGGCAUCAUCAUCAACAUCAUCAGCUGUAGCCCCGGCAACCGAGGACAACAACGCCCUCCACAACAGCGUCAGCACCACCCGCGAGCAGCUCAACCACAUCAAGAACCCCAUCGAGAAAAACACCCCCAACCUCCAGCAGCACCUCCUCCAUCACCACCACAUCUGCGAGGACAAGAACGCGGUCAACGCCAAGAUCAGGAAGUCGGACGGCGGGAGCCAAUCAGACGAGGAGGAGAUGGACAAGAGGCUUCAGAAGGCGAGGUUUCCCAGAGCACCGCCGGCAUAUUCGCUGGUGGACUGGGAGGAGCGACCCCCCCAUCAUCUGACAGGCAAACACUGGACAAACAAACAGGACAACAGGCAACUUCAGUCGCAGAGUGUAAACAGGACGGAGUACAUUGUAUAACCAUCGGGGCUCAAAAUGACUGGACAAUCCUUCGAGAUCAAACCGCCCAAAACGGGGAAAAACGUUAUCUUUUGUUUAUUUGUUAUGUUGUUUUUCCUUCUGGACUGAUGGAUGUAAUUUAUGACGCGGAUCUGGACGGUCCACCGCUGGAUCUCCGAUACUGCGGACACUUUUCGUUAAAUUUGGACGUGCAGGAGCGUUUUUUUUUUUUGAGUUCAAUAAUGAGUUUUGUAGUUUGAAUGUGCUGCAGCAAAGUUGGAAAAUAUUUAUUUAGUUAUUUGCGCGACCAAUUUUGAGUCAUUAUGAAGAAUCGUCCGUGUAGAAUGUUUCUGUAAAGAUGUGUGAAUAUAUUUUUUGUAUUAAUCAAUGUGUAUAUUUGGAUUUAUUAACUUAAUCAUCAAGAGCCUUUUUUUUUUAUUUAUGAGUUGAAGCUUUGUAAGCUCACGAUUUCUUGAUGGAAAUAUUUUUUUUUUAUAUAAUUUUAACGCCAAAAGUGUUCUUGGAAAAAUAGUUUAUUUUUUAGCCUUUUGGAUUUGGGCAUUUUUGUGCCUCAAUUGAAUGUUUUGUACAUUGUCUGUGAGGCCGUUUCGUUGGUAUGUUUGCCAGAAUGUUAUGUUGUAAGCACUCUACACGUACAUGGAGAGAAUUGAUGAAUUGAUUGAUGGUUAGAGACAGAUUUUGCUGCUGCAGGAUCCUUUUAUACAAACCAACAUGGUGGCCCAUAUACUGCUUUUGCUACUGAAAUUAAAUUCUUUAAGGGACGCAACUUUUUUUUGCAAUUAUUUGUACAAUUUGUACAGUGUAAAAAAAAAAAGAGUUGAGCACAGGCUUUCUGUUUCCAUGUUUGUAACAAUCUGAAUGAGCCCUGUAGAGUUUGCAUCCAGUGUGAACAUUGUGUGAAAACUUGAGGUCUGAAACGUCACAGGAAACCAUUUUAGGAAGUACUGAAAGAGAGAGUUUAACACUUUUUGUGACAUGUUGCCUGUUGUUGAUUGGAGGGAAAAGUAAGGCUGUGAAUAAGAGUUUGUUUACAGUCGUCAGCCUCUUCUAGUUCAUGAUGGAGGAAAAAAUAAAACGUGUUUUUCUCAUA